AUGCGGCUGAUGCACGUGCGCUCCUCCCGCUGCCUAUGGGCCGACACGACCACCGAGAUGUCCCGUAACGUGCGCAUAGUCGGGCUCAGGGACUGCGCGCGCUCGCCGGCGUGGACGUGGUACGGCCCGACGGUCCGGGCAGGGGAACUGGGUCCGGUAGGGGCGGUGGGGCCGCUGGGCCCGGUGGGGAACCCCCUGUACCUGAGGAAGGCAUUGCUUCCUCGGGUAAAGGGGGUGGUGGUCCAGGGUGACCCACGGUACUCUAACUGGUCCCAGUACCACGUUGACGAGGGGGGGUGGCACACGUCGUCGUUAUGGCCAGAUGCAAACCUCGAGUCCACCACAACGUACUCCUCUACACACCAAACCCAGGGCAUCACCAGCACGGAUCAUGGCAUUAAGCUUCCUUCCAUAACGACCAUAAAUGAACUUUUAUCAAAUACACUAAGGUCCCACAGGACUACUCGACAAGUCACAUCAUCAAGAGUUCAUAGUACAACCCCAGACAGGGUCCCAACUAGUGGAAAUUACAUCAUCAGGGCACAUACAAGGGGGACAGCAACAAACAGCUACACCCCCGACGUCUCAAACUCUGUCACCAACUUGACAGCGUUGAACAGCAGCCAUGCUUCCCCCUCUACCCUGGAUUUGUUCGAGGCUGACCCGCCCUCAGACAUACCGCCACGCUCUUCGACCGAAAAUGUCCAGAAGCCAUCGACGCCAUCGUCACACCGAGAAGUUUCCACCUCCCCCCUUGGAGAUAAGCCGGGGACAACCCCAGCCGCGUCUAUGACUCUGGUUUCCUCUACAAUUUCCUCAGUGCCCGGCACAAGUGGCAAGUCAGAUGCAGCCGUUACCUCUGAGGUCACCUCUGUGCUGUCUAAAACUGAAGUCUCUGGCACUGUUGGUAUGCCAGUCCCUGCUGAUGUUUCAGGUACUAGUACAAACACGGCCACGGCGCUGUCCAGACAGUCUGAGACGGACAGCGAGAUAUCGUCUAGAGGAACAUAUGCCCCGUCCACAUCCACCAUAGUGUUGCCUGUAACCACCGCUGCCCACACGUCUUCUCACGUGCCUUUCACGCUCAAGUGGACAGCUAAACCAGCCAUGAAAACAGUCCCUCCGUCAACCCCUCAAGGCACACCUACAGUUACCUUGACCACACCUUCAGUUUAUACAGCGCAACCAGAGACCUCAUUCGACCGCAUCACCACCCACGCUACAACAGGACUGACAAUCGCAAGUGCUCCCAGCGAGGCUCCACCUGGCACAUCCACCAUAAAAACCACUUCACCUACUAUGACUAAAGCCACAUACUUAACCAUAGGAGCCACGCCCACCGUGUCUACAGUCACACCCACCAAGACAUCAGCCACAUCCACUGAGAAUAAAACCACUCCCACCACUACAUUAGCCACACCUGCUGUGACUACAACCAUACCAACUGUGACGUCAGCCACACCCACUGUGACUACAGACACAUCCAUCACGAUAUCAGCCACACCCUCUGUGACUACAACCACACCCACCACGACAUCAGCCACAGCUUCUGUGGCUACAUCCACAUCCACCAAGACAUCAACCACACCCACUAUGACUACGACCACACCCACCAUAUCAUCACCCACGCCCACUGUGAUUAUGACCACACCCACAACGACAUCGGUCAUGCCCACUUUGACUACAACCACACCCACCAUAAGAUCAACCACACCAACUGUGACUACAACAGCACCUACCACAAUAUCAGCCACACCCACUGCUGCUAAAGCCCCACCCAACAUGCCAUCAACCACACCUACUGUGUCUACAACCAUACCAAGUACGACAUCAGCCACACCUACUAGGGCUACAACCACACCCACCAAAACAUCAGUCACGCCCACUGUGAUUACAACCACACCCACAAUGUCAGUCACGCCCAUUGUGUCUACAACCACACCCACCGUCGCUAAAACCACACCCACUGCAUCAACCACACCAAUUGUGACUACAGACACACCCACUGUCGCUAAAACCACACCCACUACAUUAACCACAUCAAUUGUGACUACAGACACACCCACCACCACAACAACCACUGCCAUUACAACCCCAUCUACAACAGUAGCCACAACCACUGCAACUACAACUACACUCCCUACAACUCUAGCAACUACAACACAUACAACAACUCUUGCAACUACUAUAACAACAACAACAACGGCCCCUCCCACAACAGGUGUCCCAACAACAACUUGGCCUCCACCUACAACGACAGAAUUGACAACCGCCGAACCAAUCCGGACCACGGAGGCAGCGAGGUGCUCCGUCAACGUGACAGAGAUCAGCGCCGGCUCCGUUUCCGUGACCCUGAAGCUGAGCACGGCCGGCCAGGCCUGCAACUACACGGUGACGUGUGACCCUCCCGGGCCGGGCGCCGCCGACUGCCGCCCGCACGGGGAUUCUAACGGCGCGUACGUGUGUGAGCAGAGGGACCUGCAGCCCGGCUCCGCGUACAGCCUGGAGGUGGUGUCCAGGACGGAUGGCGAGAGGGCCAACGUGUCAGUACGCACAGAUCCAGUGGGCCCAGCUCGGCUGGAUGUCCGAACGGAUCCGCCCCAGGUCCAGCAUAAGAGCCAGCUUCAGGUGCAGAGUGGCACCUCAGGCCUGCGGGUCUUCUGGCCGCCUUCGCUCGGCCAUGUGGACUGGUAUGAUGUCACCCUGGUGGACAUGACCUCCGGAGCCGUCAGUACGACCCGCGUCAUGGGCACUGCCGCCCUGCAGUCAGGCUUCACUGGCCUCGUCCCCGGCACCCUCUACACCGUCAGUCUGGUGGCGACUGCAGGGGACAAGAGUGCGCCACCUGUCCAGGCGUCUGCAGCCACAGACCCGUCCUCCGUCACUGGCCUCCGGGUGUCGGCCUCCUCCUCAGACAGCCUCAGUGUUUCCUGGCAGGCUGGCCCAGGCAGGAGGGAACGUUUCAGGGUCCUGCUGAGGGACCCGGAAGGAGCUCUGGUCAGCAACCAAACCCUGAAGAGCAGCAUCAGCACCACCGUGUUCAGAAACCUGUGGCCCGGGACCCCGUACACCGUCACUGUGGUGACAGAAGCAGUUGGACUGCAGAGCUCGGUGUCCCAACAAGGCACUACAGUCCCAGAGGCCGUAUCAGGUCUGAGGUUGGACAACAACGGCACUUCGGAUACCCUUCGAGCUUCCUGGCUGCCGCCAAGGGGGGGCAUUGAUGCCUACACGGUGCUCCUGUCGGCCCUGGGUUCGACCCCACAGGAGCGCCGGCUGGCCCCCAACACCACCCAGGUCCUCUUCCAGAGUCUGACUCCCGGGCGAAGCUACCAGCUGUCUGUCAGGACCAAGGCUGGGAAGGAGGAGGCAGAGGCCAGUGCCAGAGGAAGAACAGUCCCUGACAAGGUGUCUAAGCUGUCAAUGACGGCCCUGAGCGACGGCAGAACCCUAAGAGGGACCUGGUCGCCACCUAGAGGCGAAUGGGAGAACUACCACGUGGUACUGUGGAACGGCUCGGUGGCGCUGGUGAAUGAGACUGUGGGCAGGAUGGCCAGACAGCACUCCUUCAGCAGCCGGAGUCUGGGCCUGGUGCCGGGACGGCUCUACAGGGCAGACGUCACGGUACAGAGUGGUCCGCUGGGUAAUACAGCCCGCUGUCAAGGAAGGCUAUCCCCUCGGCCGGUGCAGCAGCUGGUAGUGCGCCACAGUGAUGAGACCACCCUGAGCGUGUUGUGGAGCCGACCUGUGGGCGAGUGGGAAGAUUACAAGGUGGUCCUGAAGCAGGUCGACCCUGCCCGUAUCGUAGCGGUAAAGACCCUCCCCUGGGAGGCCAGGGAGUGCACCUUCAACAUUCUCACUCCAGGACGCCUGCACAUGGUCACCGUCACCUCCAACAGCGGCAACAUGAGCAGCUCCGUCUCUGUGACUGGAUGGACCACCCCCGCCCAGGUGACCAAACUCCAAGUGUCCAAUGGCGGCAGCACGGACAGCCUACGGGCAUGGUGGGAGCGUGCCGCCGGCGAGUUGGACUCCUACCGGGUCCUCCUGGUCCAUGACAGCAGCAUCAUCAAGAACGAGAGCGUGCCCGCCGACACCACCAGCCUGCGCUUCCUGGCCCUGCGGCCCGGCAGUCUCUACAGGGUGGUGGUGACCACCAUCAGAGCCGGCCAGCCCUCCAGGCAAACCGUGGCAGAGGGACGCACCGUGCCCGCGGCAGUGGGCGAGGUGACCGUCAGUAACAACGGUCGCAUGGAUUUCCUCAGCGUGUCGUGGCGUCCAGCAACCGGCGACGUGGACAGCUACCUGGUCACCCUGAGGGACCAGGAGAAGACGGUUCGCACGUUGGCCGUGUCAAAGUCCAGCCCGGAGUGUGUCUUCAACUCCCUUGUGUCCGGGCGUCUCUACAACAUCUCCAUCACCUCGCGCAGUGGGGUGUACGAGAACCACACUGUAGUCCAGGAGCGUACACAGCCAUCCAAGGUGCAGAACCCCACGGCAACCCACGGGGCGCGGGACGACUACCUCAAAGUUUACUGGCGCCACUCAGCCGGCGACUUCGACCACUACCAGGUGGUCAUCAAGCACAACAACAUCUUCCACAAGAACAAAACGGUUCCCAGGACACAGAACGAGUGCGUGUUCAGCGGCCUGGUGUCGGGCCGCCUCUACACAGUGGUGGUCAGCACCUGGAGCGGCGACUACGAGACCAGCGCGUCCACCGACGGCAGGACCUUCCCGGCAGCCGUGAGGUCCCUCUCUCUGGCCAGGCGGGGCACAGAGGACCUGCGUGUGACCUGGUUGCCUGCUCCGGGGGAUGUGGACCACUAUGAGGUGCAGCUGCUCUUCAACGACAUGAAGGUGUUCCCCCCAAUCACCCUGGGCAGCGGGGUGGGGGAGUGUGUCCUGUCCUCUCUGACCCCCGGCCGCCUCUACAAGAUCCUGGUGUCCACCUUUAGCGGCCCCAACCAGAGGGCUCAGUUCAUAGAGGGCCGCACAGUGCCCAGUAAAGUGAAAAAUAUCCACGUCAGCAACAACGGCGAGAGCUCGAGCCUGAAGGUGAGCUGGACUCCGGGACAGGGCGACGUGGACAGUUACUCGGUGUCUCUGUACAAGGACAACCGCAGGCUGGACGUGAAACCUGUUCUCAAACACCAGAACGAGCUGAGCUUCGGCUCCCUGCAGCCCGGGCAGCUGUACAGCGUCAUAGUCCAGUCCACCAGCGGAGAGCUGACCAACAACAACACGGCCAGCGGACGCACAGUCCCUUCAGCAGUGACGGGUCUGCAGGUGGACAACCGGCAGUCCACGGGCAGCCUGCAGGUCGGCUGGCAGGAGGCUCUGGGCAUGGCCGAUGGCUACAGUCUCCAGCUGUUGGAUGAGAGGGGAAGCCUGGUGGCCAACUCCUCCCGGCCCUCGGGACACACUCAGUACCUCUUCGAAGGUCUCACCCCGGGGAAGAAGUACCGUGUCCUGGUCCAGACCACCAGCGGAGGGGUCUGCAGCGUGGGAGUCAGCGCCGAGGCCCGCAUGCGACCUGCUGCCGUCACUGACCUGUCCAUCAAAACCAACACCGUCAGCAGCCUGUCCUUCCAUUGGUCGACACCAGUGGGCGAGUUUGAGGCCUAUGAUGUCUACCUGUACAAGGGAGACGACACCCUGCAGGAGAGGCGCAGCGGGCAGCUGGCGGGUACCCAGCAGUGCUCCUUCCAGGGACUCCGGCCUGGCGCCCCCUACAAGAUGGUGGUGGUGACUUGCAGUGGACAGGAGACCAACAGCACAGUGACCUGGGCCCGGACAGUCCCAGCAGCGGUGACGUCAUUAAGGGCCCAGGGCGCCAACAUGUCCGAGGCCCUGAAGGUGAGCUGGGAGCGGGCGGACGGCGAGCUGAGUGGCUACCUGCUGUCUCUCUAUGACCCUGAUGGCUCCCAGCAGGCCGAGGAGCCACUGGCUGCGGAGGUCACCGAGUUUGUCUUUCCUGGGCUGGUUCCUGGGCGCCUCUACCAGGCCGUGGUGCUUAGCCGCAGUGGAGAGCUCAUCAACCGAGCCAGCACACUCGGCAGGACCGUACCCCAACCUCCGACCUCAUUUUCAUUCGGCGGGGUAACUAACACCUCCCUGGAGAUCACUUGGGGGAGCCCUGUUGACUCGGACUACGACGACUUCGAUUUGCAGUGGAUCCCUCAUGACCGUCUGUCCAUCAUCAACCCUUAUCACACGCGCGUCUCUGGCAGCCGCAUCCUUAGGGGCAUGUACCCUGGACGGCUCUACAACUUCAGUCUGCGCACCGUCAGCGGAGCUACUGAGCUUGGAGCUACGCCCACCUACAGCCUGCCCAUCCACAAGAGCAUCUGCACAAAACCAGAGCGAGUCCACAGCCUCCACUGCCGGCCCCAGAGCUCCACCUCCAUCUUAUGCUCUUGGGGUCCCCCAGAGGCCGACUUUGACUCCUACACCAUUGAGUGUCUCCACAAGGACUCCCGCACCCUGGUCUACUCCCGCCGCACGAGCCACGACUCCACCACCUACCUCAUCACCCAGCUGGAGCCCCACAAGCACUACACCGUCUCCGUCAAGGCCAUCUCCAACAGCAUGACCAGCGAGGCCGCCCAGGACAGUGUGGUCACCAUGAUAGACCGGCCUCCUCUCCCGCCCCUCAGUACGCGGGUCGAUGACCGGUCCGCUGCGGUCAGCAAGUCGUCCAUCUUCUUCAGGUUCAACUGCAGCUGGUUCAGUGAUGUCAAUGGAGCCGUCACGUUCUUCACCAUUGUGGUGACCGAGUCAGAGGGCAUUGAGAACCUCCAGCCGGCCCAGCAGCACCCUUUGCCCUCCUACACGGACUACAAAUCCAACAGCUCCAUUAAGUCCUACCAGACCAGCUACUUCUCCAGCCACUGCGCCGAGGGCCCAGACGCUGCCUCCCAGAGCUUUGAGAUCAGCCUGGGCACAGGCAUGGACCGCCUGGGAGGAGCAUGUGCCCACAAACACACCCAGGACAGAGACAGAGAUGCAGAGACAGACAGGGAGAGGAACAUGUACCUAUUCUGUGACGGACCACUCAAGCCCAAGACUGCAUACAGGCUCAGCGUGCGUGCCUUCACCCAGCUGUUUGAAGAGGAACAGAACGGCAGGACAUCGCCCCUUUACACCGACACCUACUUGUCUCUUCCCGUGGUCACUGAGGCCGAGCCAAUGAGUGGUGUGAUUGAGGGCAUCAGCGCUGGCAUGUUCCUCAUCGCUAUGAUGGUGGGAGUCGCCGCCCUGCUCAUUUGCAGACAGAAGGCCCGCAAAGUGAGUGUUCAGGACAGGCCGAUGGUCAGGAUGAGCAUGAGGAGAGAGCGACCUCUCCCCGGGGUGCACAUGGGUGUCAGAGGUAACCGUCGCAUCUCAAGCCCUAUCAAGAUCAUGCACUUUGACGCUCACUUUGCCAAGCUGCAGGCCGACUCCAACUACCUGCUGUCCGAGGAGUAUGAGGACCUGAAAGAUGUGGGCCGUAACCAGCCCUUAGACACGGCUCUACUGCCAGAGAACCGCGGCAAGAACAGAUACAACAACAUCCUUCCCUAUGACUCAACGCGGGUGAAGCUGUCCUGUGUGGAUGACGAUCCGUGCUCGGACUACAUCAACGCCAGCUACAUUCCUGGAAACAACUUCCGCAGGGAGUACAUCGCCACCCAGGGGCCUCUCCCAGGGACCAAAGAUGACUUCUGGAAGAUGGUGUGGGAACAGAAUGUCCACAACAUCGUCAUGGUUACCCAGUGUGUGGAGAAAGGCAGGGUAAAAUGUGACCACUACUGGCCAUUUGACCAUGACCCUCUGUACUACGGAGACCUGAUCGUCCAGAUGCUGUCGGAGUCCGUUUUGCCCGAGUGGACCAUACGAGAGUUCAAGAUCUGCAGUGAGGAGCAGCUGAGCUACUCCAGGGUGGUGCGUCAGUUUCAUUACACGGUGUGGCCCGACCACGGCGUGCCAGAAACCACCCAGUCCCUCAUCCAGUUCGUCCGGACCGUCCGCGACUACAUCAACAGGACUCCUGGAUCUGGACCCACCGUGGCCCAUUGCAGUGCCGGAGUAGGACGUACAGGGACCUUCAUAACUCUAGACAGGGUGCUACAGCAGAUGGACACCAAGGACACUGUGGACAUCUACGGUGCUGUCUUUGACCUGCGCCUCCACCGAUCCCACAUGGUGCAGACUGAAUGCCAGUAUGCUUACCUGCACCAGUGUGUGCGCGACGUGCUACGAGCCAGAAAGCUGCACAAUGAACAGGAGAACCUCCUGUACCCCAUCUAUGAGAAUGUGAACCCCGACGCCCACAGAGAUAUGGUGUACACCAGGCGUUAAAGAUUGUAUUGACUGCUGAAUGAGAAACAUUUUUAUAUAUUUAGCACUAUAGUAAAGAAAGGGAUUUUUAAAAAUCUUUUUAACUAUUUUUGAUAUUUUGACCACGAGAAAUUAUAAGUAGAGGAAACCUUUACGGCUAUUUAAUUAUAAUAGAAUAUUAUUUUAAACGAACUGUAUAUACUUACAUCUUUAUCUGUUUUUAUUUGUAUAUAUGUUGCUCUAUAUUUCUAUAGUCGCUGCUUUUUAAAUUACACAGGAUCGUUGUAUUUAAUAAGCUGUAAUAUUUGCACAUUAUGACAGAGGCAAAGCCCAGAUGAAAUGCCACGACAGGCCGAAACCUAUUUAUCAUCUGCUUCUCCGAAUAUAAUACUGAUGAAUAGGUUACCCAAGUUUCCUUAUACUACACCGUAAACAUAAUCUGCCUCACUGGCCGUUCCAGGUUGUUACUUAUCAUGGCUUCCAAUGAAGUCAGCAUAUUUCUCCUGGCAGUAGUAAGUGUGCUGUCUUUAUCUUGGGUUUCUAUCAGGGACGAAAAGCUAUGCCGUCAAACUCAACACCUCAGUCUGAGCAUUGAGGCAAAGGCUGAACUGAUUGUCUCCUGAACAAACAAAUCAUUAUGCAGUUAGCAAUAAUGGGGUUUUGUUGAAGCCUUUCUGAAAGUCAUCCAUAAUAUAUUAACUUUUGUAGAUAAAAUAUUUAUCGUUUCUUCCUUGGUGUAAUGCUUGUUAAUGACAAUCUGUGUUGAUUCAAGUUUAUUUGCUGAUGAAUUAGACAUUUGGUUUUCAUUGUUCUAAAGCCAUAGCCGAUAACUUUAUUCGAAGGAGAAUAAGUGUUUUUUUUACAUAAACCCAUAGGAGAUACUAUACAGUGUUUAGUGUGUAUUGCGUAUAUUCAUUUUUUCCCAAUUGUUAAUUAAUCUGUAAGAGAUAGUUUCAUUGAAACAAUAAUAUCACGUGGAAGCAAUUAAACCUCGUGAAAGCAGCUUGAAAAACAAAUCUAUGAUCAUUUAUCCAUCGGAGUACAUACCUGCUCAAACAUGACUGUUACACUCACUUUCAAAGAAUGCUAAAUAAGGACAAUUGCACAAUCAGUCACUGAGAAAUUGUAACCGUUUGCUCCUUUCUUUGUCCACAUAAAUUACCCUAUGUAUAUGACAUAUCAUGACGCAUUUUCUGUGGGUGUUUCAAUAAAACAAGUAAUUAUGUAUUUAA